AUGAAUUGGUUAUUUGGUAAAUCAGAUGUUGAUGUGAAAGAAAAGCGGCUAAAUGAUAUGAUAACUACCAUCCAAAACGCCGAUAUGAAAGAUUUACCGAAUUUGUACGCACAAAUUGUCGAAUUUGUCCCAGAAAAAAAUCCUUAUAUUCUAGAAAAACUAUUAAACAACAUGGUAAUGAUCCUCUCUAAGCAGAGCAUUUCAAAAGAUAUCCCAAUCUCUAUUAUUAAUUUAAUUCACGAAAUUUUGCGUUCUGUUGAAACUUCGCCAAACAAAAAUACUAUAUAUAUCCAAUUGCUUAACCAGCCCAGAUUCGUUCCAUCCAUGUUUUUGCAGUCAAAUGGAAUCGAUCUAAGAGUUUACGAUAUAAUGGACUUAUUAUUUAAAUUCCAGCCAGAAAAAUUCUACGAAUUCGUCGAUAAAUCACCUAUGUCACUUUCACCACUUAUUAAAGGAAUUGCACAGACAAAAAACGAAAAAGCGACUCAAUUAUUUAUUGCUUUAACGCGUGGCAGGGUUGACCAGCUGAAACAGUUGCAAAGCCUCAUCCAACAAAAUCUUACACAAUUUCCUGCAACAAUGACGACUUUUCUCGUUAAAAGUUUACAAGAUCUUAAAAAUACAAGUUCUGAUGUUGUUUUUACAGCACUUUCCAAUGUUGACGACAAAUAUAUAAUCUCAAUCGAUGAUAUUCAUUCGAUUUUUGAUACAUGGCCCGUCAUUUGGGGAACAGAACGUGGAAUUACAGCUUUGCUUCUUCCAAACACUUCAUUUAAUAAAGGACUUUCAGAAGUAGACUGGACACAUAACCUAGCUCCUAAGCAAUUCCUAUUAACUCAACAAACUGUUGCAAAAUGCCAAGAAAAGAUCAAUUCAGAGACGAAUCCUUCACUACAGUUCUUAUACUGUCUUGCAAUAUCCUUUGCAAAGGCUUCCCAGGCUUCUUCUUCAGUUCAAACGAUUAUCAAAUUAAGUUUUGACAAAACGGAGUUCGUAGCCGCAGCUGCCUUACAGGUUCUUCUUAUUUGGACACUAAGAGACAAGUUACACGUUCAAUCUCGGCUUGUUUACCUUACUGCGGCCGCAAUUGUCGACCAAGAACUUUCUCCAGCUGUCAGAGCACUUUACAGAGCAUUCCUUUGUGUCCUCUCUACCCAGCAUCAGUUUGCAAUUGGAAUUGCUGGAAAUGACGAACAAUUACAGUACGAUCCUGAAGAAAACGAGUCAAUUGUCUCGGCUCCAUGGAGUUUUCCAGGUUUUGGUAAAUAUAUACAGUCAAUUAGACCUGUUACUUAUGUUGAUUACUCAGAAUCUGUUGCAGCUCUCGGAUGCGUUGUAGACAUGCUUGGAUUGACUGAAGAAAGUGGUCAGACAUCUUAA